GAUUUUUGCAUGCUUCUUCAACUUGCUCUUUUCUAUUGAAACCUAAGCCCCCUAGACUCACAGGCUCUCAUAUUACAGCUCCACCCCCCUCCAAUGUGAGUAGAAUCCUUACAACUAACAUAGCUAAGGCAGUAUUUUCAUCUGUGAGCUGUGGGAAACAUGGCUACAAUCCCUGCUGGAUAUACCCUUCUGCUGCUAUUGCCUUUCUGUCUAACAAACUUAUGUGUUAGUGCUGAGGAGCUGAAUAUAGAAGAAGCAAUUCUCCCUGAAUCUUCCCUGCAAAAGCCCAGUGUCCUGAUUGCCAUCAUCGCUAGGAAUGCUGCACACACGCUGCCUUAUUUUAUGGACUGCAUUGAUAAGUUGAAUUACCCCAAGAGCAGAAUCGCUAUAUGGGCAGCAACUGAUCACAACAUUGAUAACACCACAGCUAUAUUACGAGAAUGGCUAAAGAGUGUGCAGAAGUUGUAUCAUUAUGUUGAAUGGAGACCUAUGGCAGAGCCUCAAUCAUACCCUGAUGAACUUGGGCCAAAACACUGGCCAGCUUCUAGAUUUACCCACGUCAUGAAACUGCGCCAAGCCGCAAUGCGUACUGCCAGAGAAAAGUGGUCUGAUUAUAUCUUGUAUAUAGAUGCAGACAACUUUCUAACCAAUCCCCAGACUUUAAAUCUGAUGCUGAGCGAAAACAAGACUAUUGUUGCCCCAAUGCUUGAAUCACGGACACUCUACUCUAAUUAUUGGUGUGGAAUCACACCUCAGGGUUAUUAUAAAAGAACUCCAGACUAUGUUCUCAUAAGAGAGUGGAAGAGAUUGGGCUGUUUCCCUGUUCCAAUGGUUCAUUCGACUAUGCUCAUUGACCUCAGGAAAGAGGCAUCCAAAAACCUACAAUUUUAUCCUCCUCAUGAAGACUACACCUGGGCAUUUGAUGACAUUAUUGUCUUUGCAUUCUCUAGCAGACAAACAGGAAUUCAAAUGUAUAUCUGUAACAGAGAGCACUAUGGGUAUCUUGCUGUUCCAAUGAAACCUCAUCAAACCCUGCAGGAUGACAUAGAUAAUUUUGUUCAUGUGCAGACAGAAGCAAUGAUUGAUCGCCCCCCUCUGGAACCAUCUCGGUAUGUCCACGUGCCACCCAAACAUCCAGAUAAAAUGGGAUUUGAUGAGAUUUUUAUGAUCAACUUGAAGCGACGGCAGGAUCGCAGAGUACGUAUGCUUCGAAGCCUAUAUGAACAGGAAAUCCAAGUGAAAAUUUUCGAUGCUGUUGAUGGAAAAGCACUGAAUACAAGCCAACUGAAGGCAUUGAAAAUAGAGGUGAUACCUGGAUAUCACGACCCAUACUCUGGUAGAACCCUGACACGGGGUGAAAUUGGUUGCUUCCUUAGCCAUUAUUAUAUAUGGAAAGAGGUGGUUGACAGGGGCCUUGAAAAAUCACUCGUCAUUGAGGAUGAUGUUCGGUUUGAGCCUUUAUUUAAACACAAGCUAAUGAAGUUAAUGAAUGACAUUGAAGAGGUUGAACUGGAGUGGGACUUGAUCUACAUUGGAAGAAAGCGAAUGCAAGUCGAGCGCCCAGAAAAGGCAAUUCCAAAUGUAAUGAAUCUGGUUGAGGCAGACUACUCAUACUGGACCCUUGGAUAUGCCAUAUCCAGGCAAGGAGCAGAGAAGCUAAUUGCAGCAGAACCUUUUAAUAAGAUGUUACCAGUGGAUGAGUUCCUCCCGGUCAUGUUCAACAAACACCCAGUAGAGAAAUAUUUGGAGUUUUACGAACCUCGAGAUUUGAAGGCCUUCUCUGCUGAGCCUCUGCUUAUCUACCCAACCCACUACACUGGCCAACCAGGGUAUUUUAGUGACACAGAGACAUCCACCAUCUGGGACAAUGAAACAGUAGUAACUGAUUGGGAUCGAAGGUACUCUUUGAAAUCUAGAGAGCAGGGUCAGAUACACAGCGACGCUCAGAACAAGGACGCUUUACCGCCUCAGCCAACACUUCAAACUUCAUCACGGGAUGAACUAUAAUUAUUUAAACACAUGUGCAGGGCACAUCAUUUUUGUAUAGAUGCUGUAUUUUUUACUGUGAAUUUUUUUUUCAUGUAAGGAAUUAAAGAUAUUUUUAUUUAAAGACAAAAGGUCACAAUGAAAUCAAAGGACUUUUAAGUUUAUUUAGUUAAAUUGUCUCUUGUGUGAUGAACAAAAAAAAACGGUUCUGGUGGAAAGCUGGAAUUCCUUAGUGGGUUCUCUAUGUUUUAGGUCUUACAUAAUUUAGCUAUUACUUUAAUGGCACCAACAAGUUUCACUGUGUUUUAUAGAGAGUCUAAUUUCCCAUUCACUAAAGUGUAUACAAUCACAAUGGAGUAUGCUAUGAUACUGGAGUGUCCAGAGCAAACCCAGCCUAACAUAGGAUAACAUACAAAGUCCAUACCAAAGGAUCCUAACACUGCAUGGUAGCAAUUCUAAACGCAGUGCCACUAGUUUCUAGGUUCUUUAUUCUUAAAUGCACCAGGAUGUUGAGAAUUAUCAUGAACUAUUCUGAAAUAUAAUAUAUUCUAAAUAUAUAUUCUAAAAUAUUAUGGAACAUACAAGGAGCCUUUAAAAUUGUCUUAUGCUUAUACGAAGCACAAUUUAUUUUGUAUUAAAAGCUUUUGUUUUGUUAGGAUUAGGGAUAGGAUUAGCCUGUUAAACAAAUGCAUAGGUUAGAAUUUUUCCCAGAUAAUGCUACCAGGGAGUAAAGUGCCACCCUAUGAAAAAUAUGAUUUUUGUGUGUAUCCUAUUGUAGCGCUAUAAUAAAAUGAGUGGCACCGUCUCGAUUAUAA